AUGAGUAACCCGGAAGAAGACAGAGAACCAAUCCAGAGUGACCAAGGGCCAGAUGAGGAACAGGCACCAGAAGCCUUGCAAGCUGAGGAAAAAGAUGCAGCCGCAGAGACGUGUGAGCAAGGAGAAGAAAGUGGCCUGCACGUCUAUAAGGCCCACAUGAUAUCGAAACUGGGCACAAGUGUGGAAGCGUGCUACGACGACCCAGAGAUGCGAGUGCUGUCUGAGGCUUUUAAGCCUCACAAGCGAGCCUUCCGCCCUCACACUGUUGUCUUACAUGGAAAGCCAGGAGUUGGAAAGUCGGCUUUGGCCAAAAGCGUCGUCCUGGGCUGGGCAAAGAAUAAAGUCUACCAAGACAUUUCCUAUGCCUUCUUCUUCUCUCUCCGAGAAAUAAAAUGGACCCAGAAGAGUAGUUUGGCACAGUUGAUUUCCUGGGAGUGGCCAGACUCCCAGGUUCCAAUGGCAGAGAUCAUGUCCAAACCCGAAAGGCUCUUGUUUGUCAUGGAUGACUUUGACAGUCUGGAAUCUGCUGACCUGCAGGAGGAUGUGAGGCUCUCUGGAGAUUGGGAGGAUGAACAGCCCAUAUACGUCCUGCUGUACAGCCUCCUGAAGAAGGCCCUCCUACCCCAGUCCUUUCUCCUGAUCACCACCAGAGACACUGGCCUAGAAAAGCUCAAGUCCAUGGUGCUGUCCCCCCUCUACAUACUGGUUGAAGGGCUGUCUGCAACAAGGAGGACUCAGCUAGUCCUCGAGAACAUCUCUGAUGACCAUCGGAGAAAGCAAAUCAUCCGUUCCGUGAUAGAUAACCACCAGCUCAUUGACCACUGUCAAGUCCCCUCCGUCUGCUCGCUGGUCUACGAAGCCUUGAAGAUACAGGAGAAGCUGGGAGAGAGAGACGCCUCAGUCUGCCAGACUCUCACCAGUUUGUACACCACCUUGGUGUUCCACCAGCUCACCACGAGAAAACAUUUCCGUGGCUGCCUCAGCCAGGAAGAGCGAGGCACCCUGAUGGGUUUGUGCCGGAUGGCGGCCGAGGGAGUGUGGGGCAAGAAGUCUGUGUUCUCCGAUGACGACCUGCAGAUGUACGGCCUGAAGGAGUCGGAGGUCUCCGCCCUCUUCCACAUGGGCAUCCUCCAGGUCAACCACGGCGCCGAGCGGAGCUACACUUUCUUUCACCUCAGCCUGCGGGACUUCUGUGCAGCCUUGCAUUAUGUUUUGGAAGAGCUGGGGAAAUGCAAUCAGGGCUUUUCCUUCAUUAAAAACCUGAGGAGCCUCACGGAGAUGAAGCGAACCGACUUCAACAGUCACCUCAUCGGGAUGAAGCGUUUCUUAUUCGGCCUCGUGAACAAGGACACGAUGAGGACCCUAGAGGUUCUGCUCGGAUGCCGCCUGUCCCCUGUUGUGAAGCAGAUGCUGCAGCGCUGGGUCUUUGUGCUAGGUCGGCAGGUCAAUGCCACCAGCCCGACGGAUGUCCUGGAUGCCUUCCACUAUCUCUUUGAGUCUCAGGAUGAAGACUUCGUCUGCUCGUCUCUGAAGAGCUUCCAAGAAGUGGUGAUUGUGAUUAACCAGAGGAUGGACUUAGUAGUAUCUUCCUACUGUCUCCAGCACUGUCAGAACCUGAAGACGCUCCGGGUGGAUGUCAGAGACAUCUUCUCGGCGGAAAUGAACACUGAGCUGUGCCCUGUUGUCCCCCAGCAGAUGCAGGGUAAGCCCCCCAUCAUAGAGCGGUGGGAGGAAUUCUGCUCUGUCCUGGGCACCCACCCAAAACUGAAGCAGCUGGACUUGGGCAGCAGCAUCCUGAACGAAUGGGCCAUGAAGAUACUGUGCCUGAAACUGAGGAACACGGCCUGUAAAGUACAGACUGUGACGUUUAAGAAUGCAGAGAUAGCCUCCGGUCUUCGGUAUCUCUGGAUGACCCUCAUUAGCAAUCGGAACUUAAAAUACCUCCACCUGGGGAACACUCUCAUGAAGGAAGAAGACAUCAAGUUAGCCUGUGAAGCAUUGAGACACCCAAACUGUUCCCUGGAAACUCUGAGAUUGGACUCCUGCGGGUUGACCCCAGACUGUUACGUGAUGCUCUCCAACCUCCUUCUCUCAACCAGCAGCCUAAAGUGUCUCAGCCUGGCGGGAAACAGGGUGGUAGAAAACAGCAUGAGGUGGCUCUGUGACUCCCUGAAUAGCACCAAGUGUGUCCUGCAAAGGCUGAUACUGGACAGCUGUGACCUCACACCUGUCAGCUGCCACGUUCUGGCCUCGACCCUUCUCUACAAUCGGACCUUGACGCACCUGUGCCUGUCAAACAACAGCCUGCGGACUGAAGAAGUGAGACACCUGUGUCAGUUCAUGAGAGACUCGGAUUGUGCACUGCAGCGACUGAUACUGAACCAGUGCAACCUCAAAGGAGAUGCCUAUGGCUUCCUGGCACUGAUGCUCUUCAGCAACAGGAAGCUGACACACCUGAGCCUGACCAUGAACCCCGUGGAGGAUGGCGGGAUGAGGCUCCUGUGUGACGCCAUAAAGCAGCCCACUUGUCACCUCCAAGAGCUGGAACUGGUGGACUGCCAGCUCACGGAGGACUGCUGUGCAGAUCUGGCCUCUAUGAUCACUAAGAACCAACACUUGAAGAGCUUGGACCUGGGUAGCAACGCCCUGGGUGACGGCGGAGUCAUAGCCCUGUGCAAGGGACUGAAGCGAAGCAGCAACUCCCUGAGGAGGCUCGGGUUGGAGGCAUGCGGGUUGACUUCUAACUGCUGUGAGGAGCUGUCAUUGGCCCUUUCUUGGAACUCGAGCCUCACCAGCCUAAACCUGCUAAAGAACGACUUCAGUACAUUGGGGAUGUUGAAGCUGUGUUCUGCAUUCCUGCAUCCUACCUCUAAUCUGUGGAUAAUUGGCCUGUGGAAGCAGCAGUAUUAUGCCCAGGUGAGAAAGCAGCUGGAGAAAGUUCAGUUCGUCAAGCCCCACAUGGUGAUUGAUGGGAACUGGUACUCCCUUGAUGAAGAUGACCGUAACUGGUGGAAAAACUGA